ACAUGUUUUGUCUUGAUCACCUGUGGAAUGCCUUUUUAUAAUAAGGAAUCAUGCCAUUGAUAAAAUCUAUAUAAUUUAGAUAAAAACGAAUUUAUUAAUAGGACAAAUAGCCCCCACCACAAACCCUGUUUGGACCUAGCGUUAAAUUUGUUGACAGAUUUUAUUUCUAAGACUCUUCAUGUGGAUAUGUGUUUCUGUCCCUGUCUUGGGCUUCUGCCACUAAAAUUUUGCUAGACCAUUGAAAGUUUGGUGGAGAGAGAAAAAAUAUAUCAUACAUAGUUAUAGAUGGCCAAUAGCUUAACCUUAAUAAUAUUUAUAUCUAUACUUUUCUGUGGGUCAGCAGCUGGAAAUAGAGCAAAGUUGUUUCCAGCCAAAAGUCACGGGAGCAUAGCUGCAGUGGUUCCAGAAGACACUGAUGGCAUUUGCAAAUCAAUGGUUGAGAAGCACAACUAUGUCUGUGAAGAGCAUACGGUCACAACACAAGAUGGUUAUAUUCUCAGUUUGCAGAGAAUCCCAGUUGGGAGGUCCGGCGAGUUCCCAGGGAACAGACCACCUGUUCUGUUGCAGCAUGGACUACUAAUGGAUGGAAUAACCUGGCUGCUAUUACCACCAGAACAAUCUUUAGCAUUCCUCUUGGCCGAUAAUGGUUAUGAUGUGUGGCUAGCUAACACUCGGGGAACGAAAUAUAGCCGUGGCCAUAUAUCACUUAGUCCAUAUGAUCCUGCCUAUUGGGAUUGGUCAUGGGAUGAACUGGUAGCUUAUGAUCUUCCUGCUACAUAUAAGUAUGUUCAUGUUCAAACGGGACAAAAACUGCACUAUGUUGGACAUUCACUGGGUACUUUGAUUGCUCUGGCUUCCUUUUCAAAGAGUCAAGUAUUGAACAUGUUGAGAUCAGCUGCCUUACUUUGCCCAAUUGCUUAUGUUGGUCAGAUGACCUCCCCACUUGCAAGAAAUUCUGCUCAAAAUUUUCUUGCUGAGACUUUAUACCGGUGGGGUAUUCUCGAAUUUGAUCCAAGAGGGGAAUCCGUAAUCAAAUUUCUCAAGGACAUAUGUAAAAGAACAGGUAUUGAUUGCACCAACUUGUUGACUUCUUUCACAGGCCAGAAUUGUUGCCUGAAUUCCUCCAUUGUAGAUGUCUUUCUAGACCAUGAGCCUCAGUCAUCAUCUACAAAGAACAUGAUGCAUCUGUCUCAGAUGAUUAGAGAAGGAACAAUAACAAUGUUCAAUUACAAUAAUAAGGAUGAGAACAGGAAACACUAUGGGCAGCCAACUCCUCCAGUGUACAAGAUGACAAAUAUUCCCAAACACCUUCCUCUCUUCCUCAGCAAUGGAGGGGCAGAUGCACUGUCUGAUGUUAACGACGUACAACUCUUGCUCGAUAGCCUGAAGGAUCAUGAUGGAGAUAAGCUUGUAAUUCAAUACAGAGCUGACUAUGCUCAUGCAGAUUAUGUUAUGGGAGAAAAUGCUAAGCAAGACGUAUAUGAGCCUCUCAUUGCUUUCUUUAAACUUCAGUAAGAAUGUCUCUAGGGGAAAAGAAUGUGGAUUGAUUCUCUUGUUUGCUUUUGCUAGUGACAAUCUUUAUAUUUUUAUUUUGCUUGGUCAAAUUUUCUUCUGCACUUUCAGUAGUGUUACAACUGUUAAAAUGACCUUCUAAAGUUACAUAGUUGAAUACAAAAGUUCAUUUUUGACAGCA